UUUCAUUCUCCUUUUACGUCACCGCCUUAUUUCCAAUUCCAAUAACUUUUGCAGAUUCAGUGCAUUCUAACAGAUGUUUUAAGAUUCAAAAAGCUUGUUUGGAAUCAAGAAUUGGUGAUGUGAUCUUGAAAAGGUUGAAUCUUUAGUGGGUAUAUGAUGAAUUGUUUGAUAAAGUAGUGAUUUCUGUGAUUUUGGUGUGUUUGGAAUGCAUUGGGAAGUGGUUUAAGGUUCAAAGGCUUGUUUGGUAUCAAGAAUUGGUGAUUUGUUCUUGUAAAGGUUGAAUCUUUAGUGGGUAUAUGAUGAAUUAUUUGAUAAAGUAGUGUUUUUUCUUAUUUCGGUGUGUUUGUAAUGUAUUGGGAAGUGGUCUAAGAUUCAAAGGCUUGUUUGGUUUCAAGAAUUGGUGUUUUGAUCUUGGAAAGGUUGAAUCUUUGGUGGGUAUAUGAUGAAUUGUUUGAUAAAGUAGUAAUUUUUCUGUUUUGGCUCUUUUUGUGGAUCGAUUGAAGGUUAUUGAUUCUUGGUCAUUUGAUUCUUUGUGGAUAUGUUGAUGAGGUGGUCAUGGUCAUGUUACUAAGUGUUAAUUGUGGUGGAAUUGUUGUUCCGAGUAGGCGGAUCCAGGAUUUAGAGUCGGUUAGUUGGAAGUGGAUUCCUUAUAGUAUGUAUAUGCAUUUUCAAGAUCCUUUUGAAUAUGAACACAUGGUCGAUUAAACCCCUUGCUAAGGGCUAGAGACGCCUCUACUUCGACCCCGAAUUAUAGGAAAGGAAAUGCUUGCAAAGGGGAAAAUGGGUGAAGAUCUCCUAACAACGUUAACCAUUGAAAGCAAUCAUUUGUCCACCCUUUUGUCCAUGGAUUCUGGUUCAUCAUCUCAUGAUGAAUUGGAGAGAGAAUUGAUCCGGACUGUUAACCAUCUACAGGCGCCUGAUAUUAAUCUCCCGCUCGAGCCUAGCCCUCCUCCUCCGUCGUGGAAUGAUACGUGUGAUAUGCUAGAUGUUGGCUUUGGUGCCCAACAUUACGAGGUCGAGACGAAUAUUAAUGUCACAAAGGUCGGGAAGAAGUGUGCUAAACGGCUUGAUAGUAUUUGGGGCGCUUGGUUUUUCUUCAGUUUUUACUUUAAGCCAGCUCUGAAUGAGAAGUCAAAGGGAAAGAAUGGGGUUUCUCCUCGGUAUGAUAAAUCGGAUUUGAAGCAAGAUGUUUUCCUUGUUCAGCAUGAUAUGGAGAAUAUGUACAUGUGGGUUUUCAAGGACAGGCCUGAAAAUGCUCUUGGCAAGAUGCAAUUGAGGAGUUACAUGAACGGUCAUUCGCGACAGGGAGAGAGUCCCUUUCCGUUCACUGCAGAUAAAGGUUUCGUUCGGUCUCAUAAAAUGCAAAGGAAACAUUACCGGGGUCUUUCGAACCCUCAGUGCCUUCAUGGAAUUGAAGUUGUUAGGUCACCUAAUCUUACGGGUCUUGAUAAGGAGGAGCAAAAAAAGUGGAUGGAGCUUACGGGCCGAGACAUGAACUUUUCGAUUCCCGCUGAAGCUAGCGACUUUGAGUCGUGGAGGUGCCUUCCGAAUACAGAAUUUGAGCUCGAGCGAGCCCCUAAUUCGAUUCCCCGUCCAGAAAGAUUGUUAAAUGGCUCCAGUCUGAAUCUAUCUACUCGACAUGCAAACCAUGUAAACGGAGAAGGAUUAAACAACAUUUUGGCUGUCUGUAAUAAGAGGAAGAAAAAUGGAUUUUCGCCUAAUAGUCAACAUCCUGAGAGGCUUCCGGAUAUCCAUCCGAUUUCCCCACCAUGGCUAAGAGAUUUUUCUGGUGCUAUGCAAAUGGCGUCUGGUCCUGUUACAGCUGCAAAAACUAUUUAUGAGGACGACGCGGGGUUCUUGAUACUUGUUAGCAUGCCUUUUGUGGAUCUAAAAAGUGUCAAAGUUACUUGGAGGAACACCAUCUCUCAUGGGAUUGUGAAGAUAUCUUGUAUCAGCACAGGAUGUAUUCCUAUCAUCAAAAGGCAAAACAGGACUUUCAAGCUAUCAGAUCCAGCUCCCGAGCACUGCCCUUCAGGGGAAUUUGUCAGAGAAAUCCCUCUUAGGACUCGCAUUCCGGAAGACGCUAAACUAGAAGCGUAUGGAGAUGAGACCGGGACUAUGCUCGAAAUUCAUGUGCCUAAGCAGCGUGUAGGACCAGAAGAGCAUGAGGUUCUAGUGUGCCUUCGCCCCUCGCCUUGGACCACACAUGCGUAUGUUGAUUUGACGGAAGCAAUGGCUUGAAGUUGUGGAAUGCUCUCUUUAGGUAGUAGUCAUUAUUUACUGACCUAAAUGAAAACGAUAUUUAUAUUUUCUUUUUAAUUCAUCAGGAAAGAUUCUUUUCUUUCUGGUCAUCAACUAAUGUGGAACAGAUAGAUGCUGAUUUUUGCAUGCCCUCAAUGUCCACACCAUUUUGUUCCUGCUAGUCUUUAUCUUUUACUGGUAUCAAUAACAUUUUCAUACUGUUUAUUAUUGUUGAAUUGUAUUUGUGUUUCAAUUUCUGUC